CUUCUCGCCGGGAAACCAUGGCGGCUCUGCAACAAUCUGCAAUCACGUUUCAAACCAAGUCCUCACCUGCAACACGAGUCUCCGGUAAGCUUCUAGCUCCUAAGACCGUUCGAUUAUCGUUCCGGCAGCAUCUCAUCCCUCAGAAUCCCAAAACUCGCUACGAAACUGUCGGCAAAACCAGAACUGGGGGAGGAGGUGGCGGCGCUGCCGGCACAAAGAUGGCGGACUCCGCGUCUGCAUGCUACGCCACCGCCCUUGCGGAUGUCGCGAAAUCAAACCAAACCUUAGAGGCUACCAACGCAGACCUCGAUAAGAUCGAGAAGAUCUUCAACGAACCUCUGGUGUACAACUACUUCGUUAACCCGACGAUUGGCGAGGAAAAGAAACGGGAGAUUGUCGAUGAUAUUGUGAAGACGUCGAGUCUGCAACCACACGUGGCAUAUUUCUUGAACAUUCUGGUGGACAUGAAGCGGAUUGAGCUGAUCAAGGAAAUAGUGAAGGAAUUUGAGAUACUGUACAACAAGAUUACUGAUACGGAGCUGGCGGUGGUGACUUCGGUGGUGAAGUUGGAGUCGCAGCACUUGGCGCAGAUUGCAAAGGGGGUGCAGAGACUAACGGGAGCGAAGAACGUAAGGAUCAAGACCGAGCUCGAUCCCUCGCUCAUUGCAGGGUUCACUAUCAAAUAUGGAAGUUUAGGAUCUAAGCUCAUCGACAUGAGUAUGAAGAAACAGCUCGCAGAUAUCACUACUCAGCUUGAUUUCAGCGACAUCACCAUCCCUGUUUAGAAAUCUCUAUAGAUAAGGUUUAGGAUUCAAAAU